AGGUCAACCACUAGGUGGAGAAAUGCGUAUGCGUGUAUUGUCACCCAAAGAAUUAAAGGCAGCAGAACUUUAUGUUUUGCUUAAUUGUGAAGAAGUUAAUCCAUGGAUUGCGCUUUUUGAUUAUCAAGUAUGUUCCGGUCUAUCAGAGGAUCAAAUUCAAAUCAAACGGCAACUUGAAUUUAUUCCUUGGUUUAAGACAACGAUAAAUGAACCAUUCAUAUUGGCCAGUCAAGCUCAACAAGUGUUUUAUGCCCGUUACCCAUCUCAAAAUCCUUGUAGAAAAAGGUGGUUUGCUGCAUGUAAGAUCAGAGCAAGAGCAAUAAUCAACACUUCAUCAUUGAGUGAUGGUGGAAAUGUUUAUUAUCAAGACAAUGAUCCUUCUAUGCCACAAUUGGUGCAACCCUCAACUGUUUUAAAUGACCAUGUUUCACUAGCAUCUCAAGGGGGAGAAGAAGUGGUGAUUAGUGAGGUCAUGCAAUUGCCAUAUGUGACAGAGGAAGAAUGUGUGGAGGUGGCUGCACAUAUUCAUACAGAGGUAUCACAGAGAGUAUCAGAGAUGGAGGCCAGCUUUGAGAGGAGAUUUCAAGAGCACAUGCGCUUACUUAGCCAACAAUACUCUAUGAAUGCUACACAACCCCAGACUGAUUAUCCUUCUUCUGCACCACCUCAGACUGCUGAUCCUUCUUGUGAAGGAUUUAGACCUGAUCACUUCCCACCUCAUAGUUAGAGACAUUGAUAUUUGAAACUUAUAUUAUAUAUGUUUAUAUAUAUGUAUUGCGUGUGUGGAUAUAUGGUAUAUAGGAUGAAAAGUUAAUAUAUAUUUUAUUAACUU